CCGGCGCCCACAAGCUCCCGACGGUAACUCCCAAAGAGAUCAAAGAAAUCAGAAACAAUUCUUAAUAAUAUUCCCGCCACCGACGAAGCUUGUCUUCUUACCACCAUCUUCGCUAUCCUUCACUCUCCUCUUUUAUCUUUUCUUUUCAUGGAGGCCCCCGCGGUGGUGCUGGCAUCAUCGUCCAAGCAUCAUUCAGCGACCCUCGCACCUUCACCUUUCUCUUCUGCCACCACCUCCUCCAGGACUUCUUCCUUCGCUGAUUCUCGGUAUUCCACCGUAAAGGCAUCCCGCCAGUCCUCGGAGACUGCCAUCGUCUCCAUCUAUUCCAUGUACGGCGAUGACCACGGCAGAAACAGUUGGGCCGCCUCUCACGCGCUUUCUACCGAUAUGGCCAAGACCAUGAUUCCUCAGGUCACCCUGGCUCUCCCUGAAGACACUCUGGACGAUGAUUUUGACACUGAACUCGCCUACUAUAAUACAGACAGACCACCAUUAAUAGAUCUCACAGACGUCGCACCCAAGGCCAAUGGUUCGCCCAUCACGCAUUCCUCUUAUUCGCGCCCUGUAUCCAGCUCUGCGACGCCUUCCUCCUUCAUGUCAGAGUAUAGCAGCCGACGUGGCUCGUCCGGGCAUUUUCGUAUGUCCCAGUCGGACGAACACUAUCCUUCAUCUCCCAACUCCAGGUGCCUAUCUGGCACCCUCUCUCCUAAACCUACCUCAGCCUCUUCUUCACCAUCCCAGUCGUCAGAAAGGGCAAUAACUCCGGUACCAGUACCAGCAGAUCGACUUACGGCUAACAUGAUUUCUCCUAUGUUACCUCUCAAACAUCCACUGGAAACGACUCUGCAAAGCAAAACCUCACUUGUUCCGUCAGAAGGCGAAGACAUGGAUGCGUUCCAUGUACGUAACACCUACGCGCAGUUGGACAUGUCGGGAGUAAAAGGCGAUGGCUAUGAGGAAGGAGUUGAGCGGACACGAGCUCGGAUAGGCGCGAGCCGUGCGAGCCAGCUUUGUGCAGAGGCAGCCUUGGGUGAUGGGACGGAAAAGUCGAAGGAGUUGGAUGAACAAGAAAUACAGACGUUAGCCAACGUUGACCGCUAUGGGUUUUUUAAUGUCCCAUCGCAUGACCGGUUAAUUUUGCUGCCUGCCGCACCUUUACUGAAACGGCUUAGCCGGACAACUGCGGGCCCACCCUCCGCUUCCACGUCUGCAACUUCCCUAGAUUCAUUACCACCUACUCCCACCCCUGUUAAAGAGGCUUCUCGUAUCGCUAAGUGGAACCGAAUGUUAGAACCCGAACAACGCGACGAAGGCGCCAACGUCCAAAUAUGGCGGGUGAAGCCUUCUAAGGGACUGAAAUUGUCAGAACGCACGUACAAAGGCAUUCCUGACCGGUGGCGUUCUGCUGCAUGGGAGUUACUCUUGAGGAGAUUUUCGAGGACCGGGAACGCAGAAACGACCAAGUUAUGCCAGGACUAUCGCAACGCUCUGGACAAGCCAUCGAGUUACGAUAUCCAGAUCGAUUUGGAUGUUCCACGGACAAUUGGAGGGCACAUAAUGUUUCGAACAAGAUACGGCGCAGGGCAACGAUCACUCUUCCAUGUCCUUCACUGCUUCUCAUUACGUUGUUCGCAAUGCGGCUACGUCCAGGGCAUGGGUCCCAUUGCUGCUACAUUGCUAUGUUAUUUCGAUCCUGAACGCGUCUACGCCUCGUUGGUCCGUUUGCACGAUUCGUAUACGCUGCAUAACAUCUUCAGCCCCGGGUUCCCUGGUCUACUGGAAGCAAUAUAUGUUCAAGAGAGAAUAACAGAACACAUGAUGCCUGAUGUUUAUGCCGCUUUCAAAAAGCAUAUGAUCUCAACCACGUCCUACGGUACGAAAUGGUAUAUCACGCUCUUCGCCAACUCGGUUCCUUUUCAGACACAGCUGCGACUAUGGGAUGUUUUUUUAUUAGAAGGACAAGACCUUUUCAUUGCUGUGGCCGUGUGUAUCGUCUGGGUAUAUCGGGAUCAUAUCACAUCGUCCAACGCCAACUUCGAAACUGUGCUAUCGCUUCUAUCGUCCUUCUUUGUUCCCGAAGACGAAAACGCUGUUCUAUUCUGGAUAGAAAAGACCCUUGGGGACAAGAAGCUGCGAUCGAACAUGGCCAAGUGGAGAUUGGAUUGGCGAAGGCUGGUUGCAGAGGGCAAGGAUGCCAGCGCGCUGCUUUGAGGAGUCCGUUUCUUCUUAUCCAUUAUUAAGUAUCCUUAUCGCACUUCUUUCGUAUCUCGUCUGCAUUCACAACUGCAUCGUUUCAUCCUCAUGCAUUCAUGUACAUACAUACACUCCGCAAACACAUACGUAUACCUUAACCUUACUACUCUCGUUUCGUUUUUUCAGGUCCUGGGUUCGUUCUUUCUGCAGUCGCAUGUUUUCUGAUUUACUAUCUGUUUGAUUGCUUUGCUGUUCUACUUAAUCUUGGUAGCAUGCAUCUGUACAACUGCGCAAUGAGAUCAU